AUGUACUUUACAAACAUCUUCGUCCUCCUUCUCGCUCUUCCCUUUACAACCAAGCCUGGAUGCUAUGCGCUCCCUGCCAAUAAGCAUAUAGGCAACCCUAUUCAUAUUAAAAAACCUGGCUAUAAACCUAUUGCAUGGUAUCCAAAAGAGCAUGAUCAUACUAAUAAUGUGUGGGCGUGGAAUAUAGCACACUGUGGAAAGUUUAAAUGUUGA